AAAAAAAAAAACUCACAAAUGAACCGUUCAACUCAGUCCCAACCAAACCUAGUCCUACACGACUCCCUCCUCCUCCCCACCCCCACCACCACCACGACCACCACCGUCCCCACCACUCUACUAAGUCAGCCUCCUCCCGAUCCGGUUCCAAUUCCCAUUCCUCCUAUUCAAUUCUUUCCCAUUCCGAAUCACCCCUUUUUCUCAAUUUCCGAUCGUCCUUUCCCGAUCCCAAUUCCGGUUCCGAUGGCCUUAGAAGAAGACCAUAACGUUUACAAUCCAGAAGAAGAGCUCGACGAAGAGGAAGAAGAGGAUGAUGAAAGCGGGAAUCAUUUCAAUCAAGCCUCUCUCAAUCUUGCUAACCCGGUCUCCUCUACUGCUAAUGACAUCAACAUCAACAUCAACGCCGACGACGGCAUCGACCUGGUUAAUAAUCAUCCAGCCCAGAACGACGUCGUUGUGGACGACGAGGACGAUGACGUCGACGUUGACGAGGAUGAGGACGUCGACGACUCCACUUCCUCCUCGAAUGUCGCCCUUGCGCUUGCCGGCGGUGUCGCCGGCGUUGAUCCGUCGUCUCUCCUCAACCAUCAUCUCCACAAUCACCAGAAUCAUUUCCCUCCCCCUCCUGCCGUGGCGGCGUCAGCGGCGGCGGCGGGGAGGGAAGUUACGAUCGCCCUCCCUUCUGAUCAUCAUCAUCAUCACUCCCUCCCUGAAUUGAAUCAUCCACUCGUUGAUGAAGUCGUUGUGGCCACCGUCGCCGCCGCCGAGGGGAAGAAGCCGAUGCCAAUUGAUGAGUCCCGGAAGCUGUUCCAGCGGUUGUGGACCGAUGAGGAUGAGAUCGAGCUCUUGCAGGGGUUUUUGGAUUACACAACGUCCAGAGGAUUCACUAAUUCUUCCCACCAUCACGAUACUACCGCGUUCUACGACCAGAUCAAAUGUAAGCUGCAGCUGGACUUCAACAAGAACCAGUUGGUUGAGAAGCUCCGGAGGUUGAAGAAGAAGUACCGGAAUGUCAUGACCAAGAUGGGGUCAGGUAAAGAGUAUGUCUUUAAAAGUCCUCAUGAUCAAGCUACUUUUGAAAUUUCUCGUAAAAUUUGGGGCGAGAAUGGAGCUGGUAUUGUUGGUGGCGGUGGUUCUGCUGUGGCUACUGGCCGCGUUGGGGUUGUGUUGGAGGAAGGUGGAUUUGAUGAUGACGAAACUAACCAUAAUUUUAGUAUUAAUUUCCUUGAUCAAAGCCCUAACCUUAAUUUUACCCCUAACCAUAACCAUAACCAUAACCCCAAUGGAGUUGACAGUUUGGAGAAGAAAACACCGCGUUCCCGGAAAAGAUCACGCGGGGGAGCGGUGAAGGUUGAGGAGAAGCAGUUUGGGUUUAACAGUGUUCCUAAUUUGCAACAUUGCAAUCAGCAGCCACAUGUUGGUUUGGUGAUGGCCACUGCAACACCUAUUGCUCCAGCCGUUGCAGCAGUGUCAGGAGUAGGAACCGUACCUGGCCCUGGGCCAGGAGUGGUGCACACUCCAACUCCAACUCAAGCUACUCCAGCUCCGGCUCCAGCUCCAGCUCCAGCUCAGACGCCAGUGCCUGCGACCAAUUUGAUUGAGGAGACAGUGAGGAGCUGUUUAUCCCCCAUAUUCAAGGAGUUGUUGAAUAGUGUGAUGAGCUCGAAUGGACCCAUGAUGGGCAGCUCGAGGGGGUUCGGGUUUGCUUUGAGUCCUAUGCCAUUGGGGUUGAAUGGAGACAUGGUGACAGAUGAGAAAUGGAGGAAGCAACAGAUAUUAGAGUUGGAGGUUUAUUCAAAGAGGUUGGAGUUGGUUCAGGAGCAGAUCAAAGCACAGCUUGAGGAGCUGAGAUCAAUGGGGGGUUAAUAGAGUUAGGAAGAUGUUAGAGAUACUGAGAUCAAGUUGAUAGAUAGGAAGCUCUCAGUCUCAGAUCAAGGAGUAGUAAGUGUUUGGUGCAUUUUUCUUUUCAUGGUAUAGAUUUAGCUGAUAAAGUUCUUCUAGUAACUGAGCAUUGGUUUAGUAAUUUAAUUUUGCUGAAUAAUUGGUUUGAAGAUUCAACCUUGAUGGCGUGUUUGGAGUUUUUAGGCUCCUAAUAUUUGUGCAGAUAGCUGUUUGACAUGUACAUGAGAAUGGAUGAUGUAGGGAACUGGUUAUUUGACAUCCAUACUUGUUUUUUGGAAUUGAUGUGUAUAGCUUUUUCUUCUGCUGUAUACUUCUGUGGAAAAUUGAGCAUCUCUUGUUUCCUUGUAUGGUGUGAUACCCAGCUUUGAUUGCAUAUUAAAUUUGGUUACUCACUGUUCUUCGUGCGGCUGACUUUACUACCAGCUCAAGCAAUGCUGUCAUCAUUUACCAAGUAAGUUUUUAAGGUUUUGUUAUAGCAGCAUAACAGUAUUGAUAUUGCCAGGGGUAUGCGUCACCUUUCAAACUUCUGGAAUUUCAUGUUCUUGAAACUCAUGGAUUGCCUCUAAACUCUAAUGCAGAAAUGCUGAAAGUGAGUUGAAACGUAUAAGAUCUCCAAGUUUCGAUAGAUGGGUCUGAGAGAAAAUAAGCUUUCAUAUAUUUCAUAGUUAUGCAUGUUCCUGUAUACAGCUCCAUCAAUUUUAUUAUUUCAUCAUAGAUUAAGUACUCAUCCCUCAAAGUUGCAGAGAUUGUGUUCAAAAAUAACAUUUGGUAUCUUUUGUUUGAUAUUUAUCUCCUGAGAGUUGGAAAAUGAAGACUAGGAAAUGGGGAUUGAAGGUGAACUGAUUUCAUUAUUACUUUUGUUAAGUAUGAAUAUCUUUGGAGACAUUUCUCUUUGUAAAUUCUGUCUCUGCUGUUGCAAGUAACUUGUUCCCUGCAGUGCCUUAAUCCAUAAAAAUCUCGGAUAACCUAUCUGAAUCAAAGUGUUCCUGGUAGGGCUUUUUAACGUGUUCAAUAAACUUGGAAACUGGAAAGCCAUUUUGAAAAAAUGAAAGUAAGCAACUUCCUUUCUCAUCAC